AUGUGUUUGGCGGGGGAAGGAUCUACGGAUGAACCGAACGUGUGUGAAAUUGGGCUGUCAGUCUACACUCAAUCGCCCAUGAAAGACAAUGCGGAGGAGGACGUAGUGGCAUAUGUGGCCGGCGCUUUGAUCAUCAUUAACGAAGGUCAAGAAGCCAUCGACGGCCCUAAUAUGAUUAUCGACGCAACUACGGUAGAGAACAUCGGGAUUCGGGCUGACGAACUUGAGCCAUCGAGUGCUCGACUAGCGACUGCUCACUUUGUUGGUCAAGUGACGACGAUUGCAGAUGGGAGUACGCGUGAAUUUGGACUAAACGUGGGCACGUAUAGUGCAAAGGCGCAGUUGCGCUUCGAAGCGCGCCUACACUUUGAUGACUCCAAUCGUCGUUUCGACAACUUUCGUGUUCCCCGCCCGGGUUCUAAUGUAAGCGUCCAGGCAAAAUGGAUGACGGACUCUGCCAAACGCACUCACUGGAUGAUUGAGAACAUUACAUACUUGGGUGCUUUACCUGUCACGGCGGCUGACUCCGACGUCUCGAACGUUGCUGCACCAAGUUCGAAACGGAAACGUUUGUUUGGAGCUCCGAUGGGACCGCCCGAUCCUGAAAAUAAGGGUAAGGGAAAGGCGCCCGCUGGGUCUUUGCGAAAAAAAGUUGGAAAAAAAAGACCUCCUGGGCAAGGAAUGACUGAGAACGCUGAUGAGGACGUGGAGAUCGGGGAUACUGGAUCGCAGGUUUCACUGCCGCGAUCUCAUUCGAUGUUCCUGGAUCCUGAAGUUGCAUAGAGACAUCCUCCAGAUGUGGCUGAAAAAGACUAAAAUCACGGAAUCUGUGGAACAACUGAUUAACGGCACACAAUUCUUCACGGAUACCGUUAACAACCGUAAGAGAUAUAUUGGAUUUUAGUGCAGCUGCAGUGCCGCCACCAGGAUCGUAGAGGAACCAAUUUGUGGGAUGGCCAGCUCGAAGGCUCGGCAUGAUGCGGUGAUAUGUU